AGGAGCAGGAGGGGGCCCUGGGUCACGAGGCCCCAGACUGCCGGAAAGGGCUCUCCUCCACUGCCAUCAGCGCGGACACUUGGGCAGGAGGUGUCCAAAGCCGGAGGCGAAACCCAGGCGAUACUGGAGGCUGCCGCCCCCCCCGCCUCAGUUUCCCCUCUGCGUGCAUCCGGAUACCUCACUCCCAGCCGCGCGCUGGGUCGGGUCCGGAGAGGCCCUGGGCCACUCCAGUGCCUGGGAGGAGGUAAGGUGAGGCCCUGAGGGGUGACGGCCCUGUCCGUCGCCGGCCAGGGGGCGGGGCCGUGAGGCCCCGGCUCGGAGCUCCCCGCCCGCCGGUUUCCUCCGGGGUCAGCCCGGCUCCUUAUCAGGCGCGGCCAGUCGGCCAGGCCCUUAUCUGUGCCGGCCCAGCAUCCUCCGGCGCGGCCGGGGGUGAGAGGGAGGAAACUGGGCCGCCGGGGGCGGGGAGAGGGCGGGCCGGCCGGGAGCAGCUCACUUUCCCUCGAGGGAUCCACGCCGCCGCCACCGCGGUCGCCGUGGCCCCAGCGGGCCCGGGAAGAGGCGCAGCCCGACGUCGCUGCCGGGAGGGGGCGGCAAGCUCCCAGCGGCCCAGAACGCCGAGGCCGGACCGGAUCGAGGCCACGGAGCCUGGCCUGAAGCCGAACCCGCAUCCUGGCCCUGCAGGACAGAGCCAGGGCUCUGAUCAGGCAGCAGGACCAGCGCCGGGGUGAGCACCCCCUCGGGGUCCAUGUGCCCGCCCCAGGCCCAGGCAGAGGUGGGCCCCACCAUGACUGAGAAGGCGGAAAUGGUGUGUGCCCCCAGCCCAGCGCCCGCUCCGCCCCCCAAGCCUGCCUCACCUGGGCCCCCAAAGGUGAAGGAGGCGGGCCGCCGAGGCUCCUCCCCCCCCAGGCUGCCCCCUGGCGUGCCAGUGAUCAGCCUGGGCCACGCCAGGCCUCCGGGCGCAGCCAUGGCCACCACGGAGCUGAGCGCCCUGAGGCCCCCCCUGCUGCAACUCUCCACCCUGGGAACUGUCCCGCCCCCCCUGGCCCUGCAUUACCACCCUCACCCCUUUCUCAACAGCCUCUACAUUGGGCCGGCAGGACCUUUCGGCAUCUUCCCCAGCAGCCGGCUGAAGCGGAGACCCAGCCACUGUGAGCUGGAGCUGGCCGAGGGGCACCAGCCCCAAAAGGUGGCCCGGCGCGUGUUCACCAACAGCCGGGAGCGCUGGCGGCAGCAGAACGUGAACGGCGCCUUCGCAGAGCUCAGGAAGCUGCUGCCAACGCACCCGCCCGACCGGAAGCUGAGCAAGAACGAGGUGCUCCGCCUGGCCAUGAAAUACAUCGGCUUCCUGGUGCGGCUGCUGCGCGACCAGGCGGCCGCCCUGGCCGCAGGCCCCGCCCCGCCCGGGCCCCGCAGACGGCCAGCGCACCGAGGCCCAAACGACGGCGCCCGCCGCGGGCCUUGUCGCAGAGCCGAGUCGGCGAUGCGCUCGCAGCCCGCGCCCCGGGCCGGCCCCGACGGCGGCCCCGACGGGGCGGCCCGGCCCAUCAAGACGGAACGAGCGGCCGUGAGCCCUGAGGUGCGGUGACCUCCGCGGCAUUGCCUCGGAGCGAAGGGGCACCGGGAACUCAGUCCAGGGCGGUGGAGAAAGGGACAGCCGAUGCUCUGCGCCUGCUCUGGAGCAAACUUCCCCGAAGAGGGACCAGUGAGGACGUUCCCGACGGGGGAAAAGGGCCCGGGGAUCUGGAAGGGGCCCUUUAGGCCUUUUUAUCCCCCACUGCCCGCUGGAAAUGGCCUUUCCCGCGUCUUCCUCCGGGGGACGAGGUUCAGGAACCAACAUGGCAGAUAGGUCAACGGACUGAAGUGGUGCCUUUUUCUCCCCCCCCUCCCCCGAGGCUGGGGUCACCGAAAGA